CCGAUUUUUUUUAUGCGCAUAACUAAAAUCUUGUUAGCAGUAUGGCAUGCGCCGUCCUCCUGCUUCGAACUUGGCGGGCUUCCUGUCUUCGCUCCCCAAAACCCUGAGAAAACCCUAAACCUCAGUCUGUAGUCACUUUAGUUACUUCUCAUGCAAAGGUCCUGCUCCCGCCUCCCUUCUAUACCUAAUAUGCAACCUUUCAGCAAAUUUCUCUUCCGUGAAAGCAUUUCCUUACUUAAAGAAUCCCAGCUCGUUCACACUUCCCCAUUCCCAUCUUUCGCCACCGCCAAGAAAUUCUCCUCCGCCUAUCGGACAAUUGUUUCUUACUACGAUCUGCGUGGUUUUCAUUCGAGUGAGCAAAUGCCGGAAGGAGAAGAAGGCGAUGCAGCCGCUAGGGUCUGGGCUACCCACGAACCCAUUUCAGAACAGAUCAUGGCCAAGCCGAAGGGCGGGGAAGUCGAGGAGGUUGAUCAUCCCGGGGCGGACAAGAGUUUACAGAAGGGGAAGCUGGAGAUGAUUUUGAGGAAGGCGGAAGGCUCAGGUGAAGAGGACGAGAAAACUGAACUUUUGUCGAGGGAGCGGUAUAGAUGGUCAUCUCGUGCUGGAGGAAGGGUGAAUGAGAAGAAGACCAAGAUGAAGAGUUCUUGGGUCUGCAAGGAGUGUGGCGUAAACCUUGGACAGUGGUGGGGAACUUGCCCGUCGUGUAAAACUCCGGGUUCAGUGAAGCGGUAUGCGGAGGCUAAGUUCCUUAAGUCGGGAGGGGAGUCGGUUUUGGAUAAUGAGGCAGUGAAGUUGACGGUUCCUCAAAGGCUGGCAGAUGUGAACAAGGGAAUGAACAAAUCUGAUUGGCGAAUACCAUUGAACGGUCAUCUUGGGAUGGAGGUUGCUAGGGUGCUUGGUGGUGGUAUUGUACCAGGCUCCUUAGUUCUAUUUGGUGGUGAUCCUGGUGUUGGCAAAAGUACACUUUUACUACAGCUCGCAGCCAUUAUUUCUGAAGGAUGUAAUUCCAGGGGUCCUGCUCGUGUUGUAUAUGUAUCUGGUGAGGAGAGCAUAGAGCAAAUUGGAAACAGGGCAGACCGCAUGAGAAUCACUUCAGAAGAUCUGUACUUGUAUUCUAGUACUGAUGUUGAGGACAUACUGGAUAAAGUACAAAAUCUUUCCCCGAAGACUCUUAUUGUGGACUCAAUACAGACAGUUUACCUGAGAGAUGUUAUAGGAAGUGCUGGGAACAUUACACAGGUCAAAGAAUGCACCUUGAAGUUGCUUCAUUUUGCGAAGGAAACAAACAUUCCUGUGCUCCUUAUUGGACAUGUAACGAAAACUGGAGAUAUCGCCGGUCCUCGUAUGCUGGAGCACAUGGUGGAUGCCGUUUUAUAUAUAGAGGGGGAGAGGUAUUCAUCUUAUCGGUUGUUGCGAUCAGUGAAGAACCGUUUUGGUUCAACAGAUGAGCUUGGCUUGCUUGAAAUGACGGAAUCAGGCCUUCAGGCAGUCUCCAAUCCUAAUGAAAUGUUUCUAAGUGAGAAUUACUCCGAUUCAGAUGUCUUGGCUGGACUUGCGCUUGCAAUUGUUGUAGAUGGGUCUCGAACCUUUGUUAUUGAAAUUCAGGCAUUAUGUGUUUCUGGCUCAUCUGUGGCAAGGCAUGUCAAUGGCAUACAAGAGAGCAGGGCUGACAUGAUAAUAUCAGUUCUAAUGAAGCAGGCUGGUCUAAAGCUUCAGGACAAUGCAAUAUUUCUGAAUGUUGUUAGUGGUUUUAAGCUGACAGAGACUGCAGGAGAUCUUGCAAUAGCAGCAGCCAUAUGCAGCAGCUUCUUGGAAUUUCCCAUUCCUCACGACGUUACAUUCAUUGGGGAGGUUGGUCUUGGUGGCGAGCUUCGCAUGGUUCCCAGGAUGGAUAAGCGAGUAACUGCUGCUGCAAAACUGGGAUUCAAGAGGUGUAUAGUUCCAAAAGCAGCAGAGAACAAUCUCUCUUCACUUGAUCUGAACAUAAAAAUUCUCGGAUGCAGGACUUUGAAAGAUGUGAUCAACACAGUAUUUAGUACUCACUAAUGUUCCUCAUCAAAUAUAGUUUAUUUUUGUCCAUUCUGGAGAUGAUUUGACCUUCAUGCAAUCUUAUCAAGAAGAAUUCCUUACCAUUGAAAUCCUGUAAAUCAUCUCGUAUAGAAACUUGUUUUGUAAUGACUAUAAAGAUCGGUUUGAACUA